AUGUCGGUGAACCCAGCUGUCUCUCUGCAGACGCUUUCGGCAGCUGACGGGUUCCUCGCUGGGCUUAUCUAUCUCAGUGCAGCGAAACAAGCCACUACCCAAAACAGAGCCACUGGUCUUUUUGCCCCCGCAGUCCAAUCGUGGAGAUGUCUCGAUAGUAUUUGGGUCAAUCUCGAAAGUAUCCAGAAUCACAUUCUGGGGCUGGCUCCCCGACUAGGCCUGAAUGGUAUCGACAAUACCCUUGACUCUCUCAUAAGCCCUGUCUUGUUCUUCCAAGCCGCUGUUUUGUCGCUUCGAAGCUCUUUAAUUGGCCGGCCCCCAAGCACUUUGGGGGACGUUGUUGCUCUCUUCUGUUUGUCGCACGUGGUGUCACGUCAUCUCAGAAGCAACCAUAUAUCGGGGAUCAGUGAUACUCGGCUUGACGUUGGUCAAUGGGAAAAGGCCAUCGGCAGAUAUGAUCAUCGGCAAGCAUUUGCCAAUCUGAUUGGGGCGUUGUUUCCGGAAAUAACGACCCCCGCCCCGCCUUCGACCUUCUUAGACCCUGCAGCGGCGGAUUACAACGAUGCUCUCCACUUCCUGGCCAUGUACCAAGAUGCCCCAUUUGAACCACCAUUUCGAGAAGACAUCCUCAUUGGGGAGGUUUUAGAAUACAGUGAUGCGACCCCCGCAUCGCUUAAUCUCUCAGAUUUCCAGCCUACAGACCAAGCAGCGCAGAACGACUGCCGUUACACCCUUAUUGGGGAGACAGGGUUACAAACUUUAGUCCCGUUAGAUCCACACGGUUCGGCCCUUGUCGCUAACUUCACCCUAUUUCUGGAGCAAUGCGGAGAUCUGUUCCAGAACCUUUCUGGGCGUUGGGUAACGGCUAAGCACCAGUAUGCACCUUUGUCUGGUCUCAAUCAGGCAAGGGCCCAGAACAAUGAUGUCAGCUUAUACGUGCAACGCAUGCGGCAAGAUGAAUUGUUUCAAGACCCUUUCUCAAUUGGUAUUCUUUGCGUUGUCGAUACAUUCGUCCAGCUCGGGUACCUCCAAACCCCGAAGAUAUUCAAGACUACAUGA